AUGCGCAUCUUUUUCACCUCGCAGCUGGCACUGGUCACUCUCUGGUGGAGAUUCUGCCUUGCUGCGGAGAAUCAGACGCAGUACUGCAUCAUCGGUGCUGGUCCUGCUGGUGUCCAGCUGGGGCAUUUUCUCUUCCACGCCGGACGGGACUAUGUGAUAUUCGAGAAGCAGGCCCGGGCUGGCAGCUUCUUUGAGCAAUACCCAAGGCAUCGCCAGCUGAUCUCGCUGAACAAGCGGAAAGUUAGGGAAGGACGCAGCGCAGAUUUCGCAUUCCGUCACGACUGGAACUCCUUGAUUGAUGUCAGGGAGCCAAACGACCGGACCCCACCAGUUACAGAAAGGUCAAAGGAACUCUUCCCCCAUGCAUCUGUUCUCGUUGAAUAUUUGCAGGAGUUUGCGAAGGAGCAGAGGGAUCGUAUUGAAUACAACAGCAGCGUGCAGCAAGUGCGGCGCGGACAAGGCGGGGCCUUCGAGGUCAAAGCUGCCACGCCGGAAGGCAGCCGUCAGUGGCGUUGCGCCGAAGUGAUCGUCGCGACAGGUUUGGCUAAGCCACGCUUGGGGAAACUUCGUGUGGACGGUGCUGCGCAUGUCUUGGGCUAUGAGGAUCUCCCAAGCUCCGGAGAGUCCUUCGAGGGUCAGGCUGUAAUCAUCCUUGGACAAGGGAAUGCCGCUCUGGAGACAGCGCAGGAGCUCCAGCGCUAUACCUCGGAGGUCCACAUAUUUUCGCGCGCUCGAGCCUUGCCCGACGGAGGGAAAGGGGUCCGCUUCGCAUACCAGACGCACUAUGUCGGAGACAUCAGGGCAGGCAGAACGACGAUUCUGGACACCUACCUCUUAAAGAGUCUUGAUACCUUCGACUUCGAUGCUUUUGAAUCAGCCUCCCAACGACUUACUGUCGUGCCAUGUGAGAACAGACUGUGCGUGUGGGCAGUAAGCAAAGAGGAAUGCAACAGUGACCGCUGUCGGCAGAUGCAUGAUCUUGGUGGCCAGAACCUCUCCUAUAUGGUAGAGAUUGCAACUGUCCAGAACCAAUCCGCUCUGCACGUGCAGCUCAAAGGCAUCUUGAAUAAAUAUCCCGACAUUGAAAAGAAGACACGCUGGAAGUAUGAAGAGCUUGACUUCUUCUCCGAGGACAACAAGUUCCUUUCCAUGGAGAAGCUAGACAAGUUGGGCAUCGAUCCGCAAGUGUUCAAGAUAGGCACCUGGAACCUCCAAGUCUCCACCAGCAUCCUCAGGGCAAAUCCGCAGCUGGCAGCAGAACUGGCUCAGGUCCGGCAGGUUGGGAGCCACGACAACUUACGCUAUCCCAUGGACCACGUCAUCCGCUGCUUCGGAUGGACCUUUGAUGCAGACAUCUUAGACGAAUCCUUGAAGAUCGAGCUCACGCAUAAUCGCAAGUAUCCCAAGAUCACGUCGGGUUGGGAAGUGCAGGGUAUUCCCGGCAUGUAUGCUGCAGGCACCUUGAGCCACAGCCUAGACUUUCGCAAGUCGGCCGGGGGUUUCAUCCACGGCUUUCGCUACACCUCCCGCGCUCUCUUUCGGCUCCUGGAGGAGAAGAACUUCAACGUUCCCUGGCCCCAGAUCUCAUGGCAGGUGCCACUCACGCUCACGUGCGGUGCGGCGACUGGGUGCGACGGUGAUGGCUCGGAUCCGGGACUUGAGCCGCUGCUGGAGAUGCUGCUUUCAAGAAUCAACAGCGCAUCGGGCCCCUACCAGAUGUUCGAGUUCCUCGGAGAUAUGGUUCUUUUCGAGAUCCACCCUGCGCACCUGGAGCUGCGAUACUUGGAGGAGGUGCCUCUGCGACACUUCCACGCGCGAUACAAGAGCAUGUCACGGCUAACGUGGGUUUUCCGGUACAGCGACUCUUUCCACGGCCAGAAAGUGCUGGGCGACGGGCGCGUAGGAGCGACACGCGUGCAGGAUGCACACCGUUCGAACUUCCUUCAUCCGAUGUUGGCGUUCUUUCCGCCGGGGGCAGUUAAUGCCACCAUGAGACACUGGCUUGUCGAGGAUGUUUUCACUCAGUGGCGUGCACCAGAUGACCGGGUGCCCUUGUCCAAGUUUCUGAACAGAGUCGUGGCCAGUGUUCUCAACUUGACAUCGAGCCUGUAG